CUGGAAUACACUACCUUGUUACUUUACAGCUCAGGCUCUCGCGGAGGACCGUCACCUAUUCCAAAACAGGGAUUCGAUUAUCAUGAUCGUAUGAACCGGACUUCUCCAUGCAUACACUCUCCGAACAGUUACAUGCCACAAACAUGUUGAUAAGUGGAGGUUCAAUCGUCAACGCUGAGGCGGUAUGGGACCAUGUGACCAUGGCGGACCGGGAGUUGGCGUUUAAGGCCGGCGACGUCAUCAAGGUGCUGGACGCCUCCAACAAGGACUGGUGGUGGGGCCAGAUUGAUGAGGAGGAAGGAUGGUUCCCUGCCAGCUUUGUACGGGUGGAACCCCACCCUCCUCAGCCCCAAACAAAACAGGUUUUCUAUAUCAACCCCAUAGCAACUCCACGGUUCCAAAACACCACGUCAAAGCUGUGGGUGAACCAGGAAGACGGUGGAGCAGAGCCAGCUGAAGGAACCAGUGAGGUACAGAACGGGCACCUGGAUCCAACCAAUGACUGCUUGUGUCUGGGCUCACCCCUCCAAAACCGAGACCAGAUGAGGGCUAACGUUAUAAAUGAGAUUAUGAGCACAGAGAGACAUUAUAUCAAACACCUCAAGGACAUCUGUGAGGGCUACUUGCGCCAGUGCAGGAAGCGCGUGGACAUGUUUAACGACGACCAGUUAAAGGUCAUCUUUGGAAACAUCGAGGACAUCUACCGCUUUCAGAUGGGUUUUGUCAGAGAUUUGGAGAAACAGUACAACACAGAGGAACCGCACCUCUCUGAAAUCGGGCCGUGCUUUUUAGAACACCAAGACGGUUUCUGGAUUUAUUCAGAAUACUGCAACAACCACUUGGAUGCCUGUAUGGAGCUGAGCAAACUGAUGAGGGAUGGCAGGUACCAGCACUUCUUCGAAGCCUGUCGCCUCCUCCAGCAAAUGAUUGACAUCGCCAUAGAUGGCUUCUUGCUCACGCCCGUCCAGAAAAUCUGCAAAUAUCCACUCCAGUUGGCCGAGCUUCUUAAAUACACCGCACAGGAGCACAGUGACUAUCGAUACGUGGCAGCAGCGCUGGCAGUAAUGCGGAACGUCACCCAGCAAAUCAACGAGAGGAAGAGACGGCUGGAGAAUAUUGACAAGAUCGCCCAGUGGCAAGCCUCGGUUCUGGACUGGGAGGGGGAUGAUAUAUUGGACAGGAGCUCAGAGCUCAUCUACACUGGGGAGUUGUCAUGGAUCUAUCAGCCGUAUGGACGCAGCCAGCAGCGAGUCUUCUUCCUCUUUGAUCACCAGCUGGUCCUCUGUAAGAAGGAUCUGAUACGCCGGGACAUCCUGUACUAUAAGGGCCGCAUUGACAUGGAUCGCUACGAGGUGCGGGACACUAUAGACGGGCGUGACGAAGACUUCAACGUUAGUGUGAAGAAUGCCUUUAAAUUGUGCAACAAAGACAGCGAGGAGAUCCACAUCUUCCUGGCCAAGAAGCCAGAGGAGAAGAUCCGCUGGCUCAGGGCCUUCGCCGAGGAGAGGAAGAUGGUGCAGGAGGAUGAGAAAAUCGGUUUUGAGAUCUCUGAGUACCAGAAGCGACAGGCAGCCAUGACAGUGAGAAAAGUGACCAAACAGAAAGGUGUAAACAGGUGCACGCCCCCUUCAUACCCGCCCCCACAGGACCCCCUCAGUGUGGGGCAGUAUGAGGUAACGGAGGACAUGGCACAAGGAGAGGUUUUUGAAUUCAGUCAAUCCAAAAGAGGCCAGGCUCCUUUCUGGCAGAAUUUUAGUAGAUUAGCUCCAUUUAAGAAAUAGAGAUACACAGACUCUUCCGAUGGACCAGCUAUUUUUCUUAGAAGCACUAAACACUGGAUGAUCAUGUCCCCCCUCCCCCCCAUGAUGAAGAAAAAUACAAAAAAAACCCACACAAACACGAGACUUUGAAGUUAAGGACCAAUGUUAAUAUAGAGUGUGAUUGGAAGCUGCGAGAGGACUGAAGACUUGGAUUUAAAACAAAGAAAAAACGUAUAAAAAAAUAAACACAACUUUACAGUUCAUAUAUGUUAGUAACAUUCUUAGUUAUCAUGCUUCUCCGGCUGAGUCAACUGUCACGAACUCUUCCCCCCUUUCUGGAUAAUCACGCCAUCUGAAUGUCCUGAAGUCAUCGAGAUUGUUACAUGAGUUCAUUUUCAAUCCAUCUUCUGGAAAGAAACACGAGGCCAAGCCAAGUCAUUCCCAGUAGUAUGAUUGUGACCAAAACAAAAAAACAACAAAAAAAAGCUGAGAUCUUGCUGUGCUGCUAUGUGAGAUUGUUUGAUGCAUUCUUCUGAAUGUGAGACGACAACCUCAGCCGAUCGCCGCGGCCUGUGAAGGACCUGCCAAGCUCGGCUGUCAGCCUCACCUCUCAGUUAGCUCCAUCCUGCCACUGAUCACGCACCCAUCAAGCCAUCUCUGCGCUGCUGAUGUCUGCGUCUGGACCUCCUCCUCGCACUCAGAGCUUCAUUCUCUUCUCUGUAGCAGCUUGCAUAUAAUAGCCCCCCCUCUCUCUUUCUUUUCACAGUCUGACAUUAGGUGUUCCCUUCCUUCUCCACAUCCCACUCGUCCUCUCUAUCUCUCCAUCCACCUGCUCUGCCUCUGUGAGUCAGUGGCUCUCAGAGGAAGACUUUCACUCUUUUGGAAACCUGCCAUUGGCCAUGAUGUGAUGAUGGGUCAGGGAACAAAUCAAUAGGCGGAACAUCAAUAGUAUAUUUACAUCCGUUCACCAACCACUCGUGACAGGGUAUUCAUGUCUGAUCGCGCUGAGGGGGUGUGUGCGCGCGCUGGAUUUGGCGGUGAGCUUAGAUGAAGCAGCUGGGAGCAGGAGAUAGGCCGGCUACGGUCCGCCUGCCUUGUGCCACAGCCCCUCUCCCACCCCGCCCUCCCUAGAGACCACCCCUGUAGCACUGUGCUGGCACCUGGGUGGAAAAGAGAAAAAAAAGCACAGCCUACCUCCAGAAAACUAGCGGUAAAAGUGAAGUUGUGAUGCAUUGGCCAAAAGAAUAACAUGUCAGCUGUCAAAGAAAAGACUUCGGUUAAUUGUUUUGUGUCACUCCCACUGUAAAAAAGCACAGCACGUACUCCCGUUUUGAGUAUGAGCAAUACAAAUAUCAACACGUCAGUGUGACCAAUAAGUAAGAAGCCCAUCCAGUAUUCAAGGGGGUGGGGGUGUCUAAAAAAGUGAUAAUGAUUUGUGAAGUGGACCAAAACUAACUGGGGAAACAAAAAAGUCCACUGCAGCAGUGCAAGCCGAUGCCAUAUACGGAGGUAGAAAGGCGAAUUUAAUCUGUAGCAUGCAGGUUUCCUCUGACACAUUCAUACAUCUCUAUAGACUCCAGCUCCAAACCUCUGCUUUCUGCCUCACCCCUCCUCACGUUGCCCCCCUCCCCUCAGAUCUGGCAGUUAGCUCCAGCUCUGCUUAAGUGAUUUCCAAAGGACUGUGGCGUGAUCAGAUUGGUUUUGUUUAAUCAACAAAAAAGUGCGUGAAGCCGUGGUCUGCGAGAGAUCCUAGCAUUAUAGAGUCCUUCAGCAGUAAAAGAGAAGAUCUGAGGAAGUGAAGAGGAAAAUUUUACAUGCAUCGUGAAGACGUAUUCUUUUUUUCCCACACUUGGAAUGUAAGUGAAACAUCUGUCCACGGUUUGUGACCACGUUUUGACCUCAGACACAGGAGUACAUUUUGUGUUGAAUUAUAUCACCAGAUGGACAGUACAUAUACAGUUUGACAAUUUGUGCAAUGUGAUAUAUCAUUCUAUAUCUAUCACUAUUCACUACAGCGUGAUAUGAAAGAGUUAUAUUGUUCUAUGUCAUUUGUUUGCCUUCUUAUAGGCCUUAUAACCUGUUGGAGAAAAAACAGACCUUACAAUUGCUUUGUAUGUUGUAAUUUAUGUUUUGUUUCAGUAAAGGAAGUUGAGAAAUGGGUGAGUUGGCUGCUGGUGUCUGUAGAGAUGGCUCCCAGUGAGAUUGUUUUGGAAGAUAGUUCUCCUGGCUGGUACGGCAAAAAAAGAUAUGGUUCCUAGGCUAUCGUAACCUCAGGUCCCUUGCUAUGGCCCGCCCUGCCAACCCUCCUUGCUCCCUCCAACUCCCUACUUAACACUACCACCAGUACCAACAUACAGAUACAAGCAUGCAGGCAAACACACACACACACUCAAACACACACACUAAUAAUCAUGCUUACUUGCUGGCCCGUUCUGCUGCGGAGAGGAGAGAUGCUAUCUAACAGUGCCUUCCAGCAUUCCACUAGUGAUUAUCUAUUCAGUUUCACAGGCAGAUUUGAAUUAGUCAUGUAUUUUCCCUUCAGUGCAUCUCUCACUCUCUCUUCCGUUCUGUUCCCACAACCCCCGCCCCUUCCCUCAUGCACACUGGGAAUUCCUCGUUCCCCAGUGCACGAGAGCCGCUCGGACAGAAACUUAGGCUACGUUCACACUGCAGGUCUUAAUGCUCAAUUCCGAUUUUUUGAUCAAAUCCGAUUUUUUUGUCUGCUCGUUCACACUGCAAAUAAAAUGUGACAGCAAACGCGCUCUAGUGUGAACCCUCAAAGCGGCCCGCAUGCGCAAAAGAAGACGUCACACACAACGCGCUCUGUUUAGACCCAGACCAAACAAUAUUGUUUGACUGUUUCAGACUUUACACUUCCCAAUUUUGCUUUAAGUUAUAAAGUUAUUUUGUUAUUUACAUAUGGCCUAAUAAUGAUCCUUAUUGCUGUUUUAGAGAGGAGCGGUGCUUCAAAGGAUAGUUGCAGAUUUCUGUCAGAAUCUGCAGAUUAUAAAGUACAAAUAAAAUGUUCACGUUUCUCCAACGUUGUCUUCCCAACAUUUUCACUGACAUCUACACUGGAUGGCCAGGAAGCGUUCGCGAUGUCUUCUCGGGCGCUUCUCCGGCGCUGAUAAUUGGUGUCUGUCUUGUGUUAGUGACAUAAAAGACGGAUUUAAUGCGACAUGACCAUUUAAUUAAUGACCAUUCAGCAGUCGCUUUUUAAAACAUCAGAUAUGUAUCGGAUUCAGUACCACAUACGAAAGUGACCCAGAUCGGAUUUGAAAAUAUCGGAUUUGUGCUGAUCGGAUAUGGGUCGCAUAGGGUCAAAAAAGUCGGAUUUGAUGCGCUUUAGCCUGCAGUAUGAACGUAGCCUUAGAGGUCAGGCCACUUUUUCCAUAUAAGUAGAUACUGUGCUGUUUGAUUGAGACCCAUUUAAAAAUUGAAAGACGACUCAUUUUCAUAUAUUAUCGCACAUUUACAUAGGAGCAGUUUUAUUGCACAUUAGAAAUUAAUUCCAAUUUCAGAUGUUUAGAAGCAUCGACUUCUUUUAUUGUGUAUUUAACACGCUGAAAAACAGUUUAAUUUGAAUAUAUAGUAGGAAGCAGAUUUCCAUUAGUCAACUUAGGUUCGCGUGUCGAUCUAUAUUAUUAAAAGUGAGUUAUGAAUCAAGAGUCAUCUAUUUUACCUUUAGCAGCUACACACUGUAAAUACUGUAAAAAGAACAGAUCAUAUAUUUGGAUAUCGGUAUUUUGCGUUGGAGACGAAUGUUGUUCCAGUUCUAGCGUGCGGUAGAUCUCAGUACCAGGUAAUUGCAUGCUUGUGGCAUCCAAUAUUUUGCAUGAGACUUAAGGCAACACUUAACGAGAUCAUUUAGUUUUGUUUAACUUCCAGUUGAAUCUUCUUUUUUCUUUUUUUCCCCGGCAACACGGAACCAUUCAUUUGUGUGUACCCAUACCAUCUCACUAAAGGGAGUUCUUUUCUCUGUCCACCUGUCUCCUGCUCACUUGGUAUUACAGGUUGUAGCUUCUGUUUUUUGUAUUACUAUUAUUAAUAUUAUUAUUAUUUAUUGACACAUAAAAGGGGAACAUCUUUUCUUGAAUUAAACACUGAACUGCUGAUAGGGAAAAUCAAAGGCACUGAUGUUCUCUUAGCCCAGAUAUGAUGGGUACUAUAAACUCUAGCAUCAUUUUAAACCCACACUGCUAUGCUACAGACUGCUGGUUAAUAUUUUUUUCCUAAAUAUAUGACUUUUUUUGGUUUGUUUUAUUUUUUUGUGGAAUGCCAUUAUGUGCAGAGGCAAAACGGGUAAUCAUUUUUCUACGACAACAGUGAACCAAAUAUGAGUUAGCACUGAUCUUGGGUGUUUGUGUAUAGAUUUAGAGCUGAAUAAAUUCGAAACCUCUUGGGACGGGCUAAAAAAAACAUAAUCCUGAAGAGACACACACACAGUAUUUCAUAGCUGUUCAUAUCACACUCUUGUUCCUUUUAAGUACAAUGACUUGGCAUUACAAAGCAGUUCCUCGCUUGUAUUUAUUGACAGCAGUAUUAAACAGUACCAUUUUGGCCACAUGGUUUCAAUGAUGUAUAUACGCUGGUUUGAGUUUUCUUAUAAAGCUAUCAAUCUGACCUUGUGCUCCGAGCUGAGAGGAUAGCCUUCUGUGCAAAUUUAUUUCUGUUUUUUCGCUUUCUCUUUCCAGUCAUAUAACCAAGGCAGCCAAGUUAGUUGAAUGCAUCAGAAGUUGCACAGAUUUAUGUAAUUCCUUCUAGUCCAGGGUGAGCCAGUAGGCGCGUUCACUCACAGUUAGCAUAGCAACAUCUUCAGUAGGAACUCCUUGGAGUCGGUUAUGCAGUCCCGUGCUGUUCCAGAAUAGUCAGGGUAAAAGUCUUCAAUGAGCCAUAUGCCGAUGUUGGUGUUCAAUGGCAACAAACAGAAGACUGACAUCCCACAUUUGGACACUAUUCAUUGUAUAUUACCAUCUGGUUUCAGGGUUUGGUUUGGGAGGGGGGGUGUCUGGAUUUUUUUUCAAGUGAAAAAUGUACUCACAGAAUCCAUAUCCUUUGUCAUCAUAUGCAAACAUUUGUCAUUUUCUUUCUUGCUGGCUUUUGAGUUUGAUUAUUUGUUGUAGAGAUGAAAAACCUGAAAAAUAAUGCCUAUUCAAUCCAGAAACUGUGAAUGGGAGAGUGGAAAUGUCAACUGUAUGUACAUUAUAUGUUUUGAUGUAAUCAGAAGCACUGGGAAUAUGUUGUACUUUGCUGUAAAAAAAAAUCAAUCCAUAUCUGAUAUAGCUGUACUUUUUGUUGAAAAUAAAACUACAGAACUGCGGGGGGGAGGGUUCGAGGCAUCAGUCUGUGAGUGAGAGCAUUGUGC